AUCAAAGAGAGAAUUUAGUCGAAAUAACGUAAUAUUGGAGUAAGAUUGUCUUGCACGUUUGAGAAUUCUAGCUUUGACUUAUUUCUCAUCUCAAUCUGUUUCUCGAGUCGUGUGACGACACAGACGGAACUUAUCGUGUUAUCUUGUUUCGCAUGUCAUUAGGUCUCUUCUCGACGGCACGUUACGUUUCGCUUCUCCGAAACGUGAACGUAAGAGAUAAUCCUCGCAUCCGGGUACGAGGCGCAAUAAGGAAUACCGGUGAAACGCGAUUAUUCCAUUCAAACGGACGUGUCGGGAAGCGAUUUACAUACAUUAUAUCAAAAUAGUUCUCAAUGGAGAUAUUUAGCGCGACGAAUUAGCAUAGAUCGCUUAUGUGCGUUAAUCUCGUUACGCAAUUCUUAGAUAACGCUUCCGUCCUUCCCUCCUCCGCUGUCAUCGUGAUGACACAGCGAUAAUGAUAUUCCAAAGCGAGAGAUGGGUUUUUUUUAUGUCGGUUCCGCGCGGUCGACUCGAGACUAUUAGAUCGCUUUCGUUUCCACGCGCAAGAAGCGAGAAGGGCGUCGGUGGCGCGCUUCGCAAUCGCAUCGUGUUCGGACCAUCCUUGGCGAAUCUGAUUCAAGGAACACGGACAAAUGGCCGAGGACUUACGGGAAGGACUGCUACUGGGCAUGGGAAAUCCUCUACUCGACAUUUCGGCGAAUGUAGAUCGUGAAUUUUUAAAUAAAUACGACCUAAAAUCCAACAAUGCCGUCCUCGCCGAAGAAAAGCACAAGCCUUUAUACGAGGAAUUAAUUAAUCUAUAUAAUGCAGACUUUAUUGCGGGUGGAUCUGUACAGAAUACCAUGAGAGUAGCUCAGUGGUUUCUGCAGAAGCCAAAAGUCGCCACUUACAUGGGCUGCGUCGGUAGAGACAAAUAUUCCAAAAUUCUGGAGGACAAAGCGACUAUGGAUGGUUUAAAUGUUCGCUAUCAAUGUACAGAUCAAGAGCCAACCGGGACGUGCGCAGUGCUUAUUACGGGAAAGAAUCGCUCCUUGUGCGCUAAUUUGGCAGCGGCGAACUACUUCUUACCAUCGCACAUUGAGAAGCCAGAAAACAAGCACCUGAUAGAUAUCGCGAGAUAUAUCUACAUAUCGGGAUUUUUCCUGACAGUCAGUCCAGAGUCCAUACAGACAGUAGCUAAGCACGCUUACGAGAACGACAAGAUGUUCAUGAUGAAUCUCAGCGCUCCGUUUCUAUGCGAGUUCUUCCAAACGCCGAUGUUGGCCGCGUUGCCUUACGUGGACAUUCUAUUUGGGAACGAGACGGAAGCGGACACAUUUGCGAAGGUCAAUAAUCUUAACACGACGGACAGAAAACAGAUCGCGCUGAAGAUAUCAGAAAUGGAGAAGAUCAACGACAAAAGAAAAAGAAUCGUCGUGAUAACGCAAGGUGCUGAAGCGGUUCUUUUAACCAAGAAUGGAACAGUGACGGAGUAUCCCGUCACAAAACUGCCAGAGGAGAAAGUCAUAGAUACCAAUGGUGCCGGGGAUGCUUUUGUUGGAGGCUUUCUCGCACAACUCAUACAAGGUAAAAGCAUAGACACGUGCGUAAAAUGCGGCAUUUGGGCGGCGACGCAAAUCAUACAAAGAUCCGGAUGUACUUACGAGGGAAAGCCCGAUUUUCAAUUGUGAUCAAUGCCAAUGCAGUAGCAGUUAUAAAUCGUGUACUUAAUAAACACCUCAAUGAUUUUUUUUACUUUAAA